UGAAAUUUUUAUAUCUUAUAUAUAACGAUUGAUGCUUUCUUUGCUGAACAAAUGAAAUUUUAUGUCUUAUUUAGCUGUCUACGUCGGUGGAAAUAGACGUGAUAUACUUAUGCGCUAAUGUUUUAAUUAUAUACAGCGUCGAAAUCUCAUUAAACGUUAUUCAAAGAAACGCUAACUUAUCAGAGAAUUUUGCUCGUUUAUUUUCUUACAUGACAUUCUUUUUAUAAAUGAUGGUUGUUUAAAGGAAUUAGAAGCAUAGCUUUACGGUUUUUGUGUCUCCCACAGCGCAAUGACUGAGCAGAGGAAUACCACUGAAGAGUGAUAUAUUUUCCAAAUUUUUAUUAAAAAAAAAACAAAUCUAAUGCCUUGAUCAACAUUAAAAUUUUGUAUUUAAUGUCGAACAUGAAGAAAAAUUUUAGAAUUGCAAUUGAAGAAAAGGAUGAAGUUGCUAUAAUGAAUAUAUUAGCAAAUGGAGUUGAUCCAAACGCAAACAUGCCUGGAGAAAAGUUCCCACCUAUUCAUUACAGUGCAGGACUACAUGAAUCCAUUACUCGUUUGUUGCUCGAUCAUGGAGCAGACCCGAACACAAAAACUAUUGAUGGGCUUACGCCUUUACAUAUAGCGGCUUCCUGGGGUCAAUUAAACAUUGUUAAAUUGUUACUAGAAAACGGAGCUAACGUAGCGAAUCGAGACGAUGAUGGAAAUACCCCAAUGGAUUUGGCUAAAGAUUACAAACAUUCUGACUGUAUGAAAGUUCUUAGACGUUGUUUAUCACAGGCCGAACACCCCUUAUCAAGUAAAGGAAACUAUAGCCAUAGGAACAAACCAACCUAUUUGAAUAAAGCUAGGAGCACGAAGGCAUUUAAUCUGUCUCGUCCAAAAAUGUCUAACAUGUAUAAUUUGAAGACGACUUUCUUGAUGACACCGGAAAACAUUUCUUCUCGCAUCAAAAUUACCCUGAAAAACAGAGAUUUCGAGAAAAGCUACGAUGUUAACUUAGUUCCGCGCGAUUCACAAAAUUAUUCGGCUUUUAGUAAAGAUUUUAAUUCACGUAAAAAUAGGAAUAGAAACACUCGUACUGAGCACUCUGGUUCGAAAAGGACUUCACAUCAUCGAACUUCGCAAGGUAUUUCUUCAUUUAUGAAUAAUAAUUCGAACGAUAAACACGUCCAGGCCGUCAAUACAGCCGAAAAUUAUUAUUCUUGCGACGAAUACUCAGAAACACAGACGUGUGAAACGUUAACUCAGAUGGGCAACAACUUAAAAGAAAAUGGCGAACUUCGCAAGAAGACUCAGUUCCGAGACGACACCUCCGACAUUAGCGCAGAGAAGAGUACCUCAUCUGAUUCAUCUCAUAGUGCAUUAGACAUUGAUCCUGAUUAUGUUGAUCAUGUAUCAGAGAAACAGUCCGAUUGUUCUUGUGAACGAAGUAACAGUUCCGACGACGACGAUGAAAUAUCGUGCGACGAAGGCUCAGUAGAUAACUCGGAAACGUCCACACAAGAUGUGACGCAGGAUACUGCAGCACGGGAUUUACCGUCAUAUACGAGGAAAAAAUGGUUAAAAAGAGCUCAAAAAUAUGUACAAGUUAAAGUCAUGAGCUGUAUUCGACAAAAUAAAUACACCCCGUAAACAACCGAUUGAAAUAAAACAAAAGGUGAUGAGUUAUAUAUA